GCACCCCUCACUAGCCAGGGUGUGAGGGCAUGUGACUCCACCUGGGCCAGCCAGACCGGCUCUCCUGGAUGUUGACUUCCUCAUGCAGGGAGGCUAGAACCAGUGAGAGCUCGCUGGUGCUGACUCAUGUGGGAGGUGUGGCAGGUCAGUUCUUGCUCCCUGGGCCUCUAUAGCUGCCGUUCCUCCUGACUUUCGUUUCCGCUGUUUGAUUCUGUGAUCAAUUCUGUGGCUUUCUUCUCAAUGCCUUUUUUGGCUUAGGUUACCCAUGUUGACUCUGUUGCCAGAAACCAGCAAGCCUGAACUUGACCUCUGGCUUUUGCAGUAAGGCAGAAACAGAAACCACAGGAACCCCUACCCCCACCCCAACUCCUUAGGGCCUAUAUCUGCCCAGCUUCUCCUGCUUUGGUCCAGCAGAGUCUGUGCUCCACCUCUGCCUCCUGCCUGGCCCCCUCCAACACAGCUUCUUCCUCCCUGCAGAGGGUCUGCUUGAUCACCUCAUACCUGCUUCCCUUUUGCACUGAAUCUGGGACCUGUGGCCAGAGCCAGCCUUGCUCUUUUCCUGCAUCUCCCCUGCCUGAACCCGCCUGUGUGCGCCCUCCACGGCCAGGCCCUGGCACUCACCCAGAUCAGACACUGGAGUCACCUAGCCCCAGAGAUUGGGCUCAAUUUCUCCCCAAUCCUGUGGCUUUCCCCUGGUCACCCUGAGGCCAGUGCAAGGCCUUCCAACGCGGACCAGCUGUGAAUGGGCCCUGAGGCCCACCGGGGGAACAGCCGUGACGCUGAGAUUGGAAGGGCCUAGGAAGGCCCCCAUCUACUCAGAAUUUAGGUGGACCGCAGACACACCCUUGCCUGCCUGAGAGGAGGCCUCCAUCCCUUCUGGGACAGAUGAAGGCAGAAUGCCGAGAGGCAGGGCCUGGAACAACAGCGGGAGGCUGGUGUGGCUGGAGGAAGGAUUUUUGUCAACCGCAGCCUGGCACUGGGGAAGAUUCACUGCUUUGGCUUCGAUAUGGACUACACUCUAGCAGCCUACAAGUCCCCCGCCUAUGAGGCACUCGCCUUCGGGCUGCUGCUGGAGCGCCUGGUGUGCAUCGGGUACCCGCAUGAGAUCCUGCGCUACACCUAUGAUCCCACCUUCCCUACCAGGGGGCUGGUGUUUGAUGUGCUCUAUGGGAACCUGCUGAAGGUGGACGCCCACGGGAACGUGCUGCUGGCUGCCCAUGGCUUCACCUUCCUCUCGGAGGCGGAAAUCUGGAGCUUCUAUCCCAGCAAGUUCAUCCAGAGGGAUGACCUGCAGCGGUUCCACAUCCUCAACACACUCUUCAACCUGCCAGAAACCUACCUCUACGCCUGCCUAGUGGACUUCUUCUCCGGCUGCUCCCACUAUGCCAACUGUGACACUGGCUACCAGCAUGGGGACCUCUUCAUGUCCUUCCGAAGCCUCUUUCAGGACGUGGCUGAUGCCAUGGAUAACAUCCACCAGUCGGGCUGCCUCAAGGAGAAGACCCUGCAGGACUUGGACAAGUAUUUGGAGAAGGAUGCACGGAUCCCUGUUCUUCUGGGCAGGAUGAAGGAGGCUGGCAAAGUGUUCCUAGCCACCAACAGCAGCUACAACUACACCCAUGCCAUCAUGACCUACCUGUUUGGCAUUGGUGAGGCCAGGCCCUGGAAGUCCUACUUUGAUUUGAUUGUCGUGGACACGCAGAAGCCCCGCUUCUUUGCCGAGGGAACAGUGCUGAGACAGGUCAACACGGACUCAGGCAACCUCCGCAUGGGCACCUACACAGGAACCCACCAGCACUGUGCUGUCUACUCUGGAGGCUCCUCGGACCUGGUGUGUGAGCUGCUUGGGGUGCGGGGCAAGGAUAUCCUGUACAUCGGGGACCACAUCUUUGGCGACAUCCUCAAGUCAAAGAAGCAGCAGGGCUGGCGGACCUGCCUGGUGGUUCCUGAGCUGAGCCGGGAGUUGUACAUCUGGGCCUGAGAGAAGGAGCGGAUGGAGGAGCUGAAGAGGCUGGACACACACCUGGCAGACCUGUACCAGCACAUGGAUGGGAGCAGUUGUGGGCUGAAAGAUAUCGAUUCCACGAAGAGGGAGAUUCAGAGAGUCACCCGGGAGCUGGACCAGUGCUACAGUGCAACAGGCAGCCUGUUCCGGUGCGGAUUCCGCCAGACAUUCUUCUCCAGCCAGCUGACGCGCUACGCUGACCUCUACACCGCCACCUACCUCAACUUCCUGCACUGCCCGCUCAGCUCGCUGUAUCGCGCGGCCCCGGAGCUGAUGCCCCAUGAGUCAGUCGUGGAGCGAGAACUCUCCAGUCCGGGUUUCGCCUCCCACCCCCUCUCCUGCAGCAGCACAGUUGAGGGCAAAGAGAGAGAUGAGGACCAGGAGGGCUGCGUGGAGGCUGACUGAAUCCUGGACAUGGCCUGGCUUCUAUUGUAGACAUUUUUCCAAGAACAGGAAAAGUAUGGAAGAGAGAAAAAGCGACCCAGUUGAAAUCUCAUAAAUGUAACAGAUUUGGAGCCCAAGAACACUUCCAGGGAGAAGGAAGGGGUAUGGCUGUUGUCCCCAAAAUAAGCAGAGUGAUUUUACUUCCCCCAGCUACAUCAUGUUUCACAUCGAAUUUUAUUUCUACACCUUUUUUUUUGCAUGUGAUGACCUUAACCAUUUUUUAAAUUAAGGAAUCAUUGAUAUACAAUCUUAUGAAGGUUUCACAUGAGCAACCUUGUGUUUACUACAUUCACCCAUAUUAUCGAGUCCCCCCCACACCCCACUGCAGUCGCUGUCCAUCAGUGUAGUAAGAAGCUAUAGAGUUACUACUUGUCUUCUCUGUGCUACACUGCCUUCCCUGUGACCCCCCCUACAUUAUGUGUGCUAAUCAUAAUGCCCCUU